GGCCGCUUUAAGGUCUCGUGCAUUAUCAGCUGGUAUGAUGUUGACGUGUUGACGUGAAUGAAAGACAUUUAUUUUGAGGUUUCCUAUAAUCUUGGCAAACAUUUACUCAAGUUUCUAUGGUCCAAACAAAGUCAAUUUAUUUCGAUAAAAGUUUGUGAACAGGAAAUUAAGAUGUCUCAAAGUGUCCCAUUGAUUCUAACGGAGGAUGUAGAGCGAGGCGGAAAAGAAUAUGAGGAAAAUGACAUCGAGAACGAUUUUGCUUACAGGAAUAAUGUAGCUCAAGCAACAAAAAGCAUUCGUUUGGCCUUUCUUCGCAAAGUUUAUGGUCUUCUUACUAUGCAAAUACUAUUGACUGUAACUAUUGCCGCAAUCUUUAUGUUUACUCCACCCAUUAAAGUAUUUGUACAGACCAAUGACUGGAUGAUGAUGAUAAGCUUUUUUGCGAGUAUUAUUCUUUUGAUUCCCUUGCACAUCAAAAGAAGAGAAUCACCAACUAAUUUGAUUCUUUUGGCAGCAUUUACGAUUGUUCAAGCAUACACUAUCGGAGUUAUAGUCACUUUUUAUUCUAAGGCUAUAGUGCUGGAAGCUCUUCUAUUAACUUUACUUGUUUUGGGGGGCUUGACCAUAUACACAUUUCAAUCAAAGCAUGACUUUUCUGCUAUGCAUUCGGGUUUAUUUGCUGGGCUACUUAUCCUAAUAGUCGGCGGAUUUAUACAAGUAUUUAUUCAGUCCCCUAUUUUCGAACUGUUGAUUGGCUUUGGAGGGGCUUUUCUUUUCUGCCUGUUUAUCAUAUAUGAUUCGAAACUGAUUAUGGAGACUCUAUCCCCUGAAGAGUAUAUUUUGGCUACCAUUAACUUGUAUAUGGAUAUCAUAAAUUUGUUCAUAUAUAUCUUAAGAAUUUUACAAGCAUUAAAUCGGCAAUAAAUUAUGGGAUCCAAUAACGGAUAUAUAUACCUACUUAAUUGCCGUUGUAAUUUACUUUUGCAAAGUAAAAUUUUAACAGCACGUUUUGUGAUAACUGAUUCAACAAAAUUAUAAAUUUAGGUAUUUUAUUGACAAUGUACAUGAAUAUUUGUUUAUAGUAAUGAGAAAACUUAUAAUAUAUUGUUUUAUUAUUACUCUAA